GUAUCGAAAGGAUCGAUUCUCUUUCAGGUGGCGUGGUUUGUUUUGCAGCUCAUCUCCCGCGUCAUCUAUCACCUCGAAAUCACUCAGCUAGAAGCCGAGACACUAGCAUUUGCGGUUCUCAAUUUCAUCACUUACGUUGUGUGGUGGCACAAGCAUCUCGAUGUGAAAUAUUCUCAUCUAGUCUACUGGAAGUUGACCGAGUCAGAGCUAAAAGGCUACAUUAGUAUUCAUGAGCAUGCCUACGCCCCAAUCAGCUAUAUCGCUACUGAUUAUGUUUACCACAGUAUCCCUGAAGAUGACCCACUCACUGUGUUUAAGAUCUUUACUCCGGUCUUCUGCCCCCUUCACGAAUUGAUGGGCGGGUUUGUUAUCACGUACCACAUCUCCAAAGCUCCGAGUUCCAACAUUUAA